AUGCAGAUCGUGAACAUUGACGAGUGCGUGACAGGCUCGCCCUGCGGCCCCCACGGCCGCUGCUCCAACACCGAGGGCUCCUUCCGCUGCCAGUGCGGCCAGGGGUACCGGGUGGGCGCGCCGGGGGGCCCCUGCGCAGAUGUCAACGAAUGCCUGGAGGGUGAGUUCUGCUUCCCGCACGGCGAAUGUCUCAACACCGACGGCUCCUACACCUGCCUGUGCGCCCCGGGCUUCGCCCCCGCGCCCAGCGGCACCGCCUGCCUCGACGUGGACGAGUGCCAGCGCGGGGGUGUGUGCGAGGGCGGGCGCUGUGCCAACACGGACGGUUCCUUCGACUGCCACUGCCCGGCCGGCUUCCGCGCCGGCCCCGACAAGCGCGCCUGCCAGGAUGUGGACGAGUGCCAGGAGUAUGGGGGCGCCCUGUGUGGGGCCCAGCGCUGUGAGAACCAGCCCGGCUCCUACCGCUGCGUCCCCGCCUGCGAGCCGGGCUACCGGGCCGGUGCUGCCGGGGCCUGCGUCGACGUCGACGAGUGCCAGGAGUAUGGGGGCUCCCUGUGUGGGGCCCAGCGCUGUGAGAACCAGCCCGGCUCCUACCGCUGCGUCCCCGCCUGCGAACCGGGCUACCGGGCCGGUGCUGCUGGGGCCUGCGUUGACGUGGACGAGUGUGCGAACGGGACGCUGUGCGGGGACCACGCCAUGUGCCACAACCUGCCCGGCUCCUUCCACUGCCUCUGCGACCAGGGCUACGAGACCACCCGCGAUGGGCGCCACUGCCAGGAUGUGAACGAGUGCGAGACGCUGCAGGGCGUGUGCGGGGCCGAGCUCUGUGAGAACGUGGAGGGGUCCUUCCUCUGCAUCUGCCCCAGCAGCGCCCAGGAGUUCGACCCCAUGACGGGACGCUGCACCCGCCCGCCCAGCCCCCCCCAGCCCGCCGGCCGCCUGCCCGUCCCCCAGCCCGAGCCCGAGCCUGGAGCGCCCGUGCGGGACCCCAGCCGCCAGCAGUGCUACUACCAGGCCUGCGAGAAGGUGCUGGCCACCAACGCCACCCGCCAGGAGUGCUGCUGCAGCCUGGGCCAGGCCUGGGGCCCGGCCUGCCCGGCCCAGCCCUGCCCACACCCGGGCACAGCGGAGUACCAGGCCCUGUGCCCCCGUGGGAACGGCUACGCCGCGACGGGACCCCUCGCCGCGCUCACAGACAUGGACGAGUGCGCGCUCUUCAGCGCCCAGCUGUGCCGGGGGGGCGUCUGCCUCAACAGCGCCCCCGGCUACGCCUGCUACUGCCCCAACGGCUACUACUACGAGACACAUCACCUGGAGUGCAUCGAUAAUGACGAGUGCCGUGACGAGGAGGCAGAGCCCUGCGUGGGGGGGGGCUGCGUGAACACCAUCGGCUCCUUCUACUGCGCCUGCUCGCCCCCCCUCGUGCUGGAUGGGUCCCAGCGCCGCUGCGUGGCCAACGACAGCCAGGCCCUGGGUGAGGCUCUGACCCACCAGGGUGUGUCUGUAUCACAGUACGAUUUCGCCGCCUGGAUGCCCAACACACCAGCAACCUUGAGAGCUCCCCCGCCCACCACCAAGGGCACCACGACUUUGCGCAGCAUCCUGGACACCCUGCCCGCAGUGAACGCCACCUCGCCCUCCUCUCCCUCCUUGCCGUUGUGA